CCCGAUGACCGUCCGUCCUUUGAAGGCGGGGCGCUAAAUUUUUGCUUUCUUGCGCUAAAUUUAGCAUCAUGGGUGAUAUAAAAGGCAGCCACGAGCACGGCUUUCUGCCCCAUCAAUCUCACUCAUGCAGCACUGCGACGAUUGCUUUGCCGGUGUCACUCACGAAGGAACACCAGCGGGCACGUUGGAGCAGAUCGGAGGAGUCGAAUGCUAUGUCGCUACUCCUACAGGAGAUUAUCCCAAAAACAAGGUCAUACUCUUCUUGACCGACGUGUUUGGUAUCCCUCUCGUUAACAACAAGCUUUUAGCAGAUGAUUUUGCCCGAACCGGAUUGAAGACGAUCAUACCUGACCUCUUCCUUGGUGAUCCUAUGCCAGAAGGCACUAUGGCUCCCGCACAUCUGUUUGACAGGGAGAAAUGGUCUGCUGCGCAUGGUCCCGCCCAAACUCGCCCUCCUUUAGACCAGGUCAUCGCAGCCUUGAAAGAAACUGGUGUUACUGAGUUUGGUGCAAGUGGAUACUGUUUCGGGGCGCGCUAUGUUUUCGAUCUUGCUUUCGACGGCAUCAUCUCCGUGUCCGUGAUAUCCCAUCCAUCUCGUCUGGCGUUCCCGGGAGAUUUCGAGAAAUACGCCAACGAGGUCAAGGCACCACUUCUCAUCAACAGCUGCGAGAUUGAUCAGGGAUUACCACUGGAAAACCAUGAGAAAGUGGACCAAAUCUUCUCCAAGUUCGAGCCGGGAUAUAAGCGAGAGUACUUUGAGGGAUGCAGGCACGGAUUCGCAAUUCGAGGCGAUUUGAGUGACCCGAAAGUUAAAGCUGGGAAAGAAGGGUCAUUCAGAGCGGCUGCCAAAUGGUUUUUGGAGUACUUGUAAACGCAAAGUGGACAUGACUUUGCUGGCGGAAGGCUCUCAGUGUGUCCUUUCCUCUCGGUUAUUCCUGGAGGCAGUAGCUUGAUGUACUACUAUUUAGACUGAGCAUCUUCCUCUAUUUUGAGUAUCCUCCAUUCGUUUUCCUCGCCGUGUUCAUGUUUUAAACAACAAGAACCCUUAUUCAGAGUUUGUAGCGUUGGCACUAAAUAAUUCAGCCCUUCAGGCAAUGAUACUUAAUUGCAACUGUGUGGUUAAACGAUCUCGAGUGGCGUUCGGGUUUCUGUUCAGCCAAACGCAUUAUUGCCAUUGAAGAGUCAGUCUCUUUCUUCGACCUUCUACCUAUCUUAUCUAUUUUAACCCAUUCAAUAGUAUUAUCUAUGAGUC